AUGUCCUCACCAUACGAAUCGCAUGAUAGAUCGACGGUACUGGCGCAACCGGCGCAUUCGGAUACACCUUACUUGGGACAGCAAUUCACAUUAACGUUUAUCGACAGUAAGAAAGGUGUCCGCAGACUAAGUGCCGAAAAUGCAGCAAAGCACCGACAGGCAAUAUUCACGGAGACGGAACGUCAGUCCAUGAGCACUGAAGUUAUCAAUUCAGUGCCCGAACACAAUCCUACGCAAGCGUUACUUGACCUCGAAAGAUUCGAUCAAUGUUCGGAUGUGACCACCCCAUUCUCCUUUUUCCAUGGGCCUUUCGGGGUCUCGAGGCUAUCUCGACUCAUCGAAACGGAUGUCACAGAUCUGGAGACACAAGAUAGCCCCCCUGCGAUCGAUGAGAUAAUUGGACAAGCAGAGGAGACAAAUCUCUUCUUCAAUACUCCAACCCAUCUACCAGCCGAUGAAUCAUGGCUGCUUGAAUUAAUUCCACCAGAAAUGGAACCCAUCGGGAUACUCCCCGACAGCCCUCGAUCACAAAUCACUUCAUCGCCUUCUCUCUUCAAUGACAACCAUGAAGCAUGGGCUAUCCUAUCACACUACAAAGACAGGAUCGUACACUUGAUUUCCCCCUUAGGCUAUGGCCAAGAGGGUGCUUGGCUAAACCUGGUGAUGCCAUACGCUGUUAAUACAUUGGGGGAGCUUACGAUGAGUGGAAGUGCAAAUCACGCUCGACUGGCCUUAUUAAAUGCACUGCUCAGUACAAGUGCUUUCCAUCUAGGGCAGCAUUCAGUUAUGCGCAUUGAUCAUUGGAUUGCAGUCGGCAAUUCUUAUUUGCAGAAAGCCGAGAGUCACUUCGUGCGAUGCAUGGAAGAGAAUCGCAUGUCAGGUGUUAAGAAGAACAAGUACAAGGAGAUUCUCAUGGCCAUUCUGAGUCUUUCCACUGCUUACAUGGUACAUGGAGACUCAGAUAAGCGUCGAUGCUGCCUAGUACAAGCGGAGAAAUUCAUCUCCAUCAACGGAUUUGCAAAGUCUACAAUUUCACAGAAACGGCGAUCCCUUCAUCACUGCUACGCAUACAUGCGCAUCAUGGCCGAAACUACGUGCAUUGAUGACGGGUUGAGCGAAAGGCUAGCCAACACCAGUCUAUCUCCAGAGAGAGACGCACCCAGCGCAGAAUUCCGAAUCAGCUCCGAUAUUACUUUCUCAGAAGACAUUUUGGCCGAAGAAAAGGAUCCUGGCGUGGCACAACGAGAUCUUCACCUCGCCAUUCCAGGCCGUUGGAGCUUAACGCUGUUCCCGGAGAUGUACGGUGUGGCAGAGAGCUUUCUCAUGCUCUUGUCGCAGGUAAUUCGGCUCGCUAAUGAGCGAGACUUCUCUAUAUUAUAUCAGAAUGCGAGCGGCAGACUCAACCUUAGGGACUUUUGGUUGCGAGCAAAGGCGCUGGAGAAGGGGAUCAGUAUUCUUCUAAGGUCAUGCACAUCGGAGUCUACUACUAGGCGUGAUUACGAGAGCGACAUGGAAGCUGGUAAUCCAAGAGCACACGCCAUGUACACUGCGUUGCUCAUCUUCUUCCACCGACGGAUAUACGACCUCGAUGCUACCAUGCUCCAACGAGAAGUCACUUCUGUGCGCUCUUUGCUCAUGCAUAUUCAGCAAGAUGGAGCUGGCAAGAGUGGAGAAAGUAUGGCUACGCUCAUAUGGCCCGCAUUUAUCGCUGCAUGCGAAGCAGUGGACUUGGAUUCUCAAAGAUUUUUCUCACAGUGGUUCGAUACUUGCUUUACAACAACUGGACUCGUGAAUGCCUCUGUUGCGAAAUCCAUUAUUGAAAUGAUAUGGGCUAAGAGAGAGGAUGUUGGAUUGAAUAAGGACAUGUGCACUUGGCCAGAAGUGUUGAGAGCGAAGAAGAUAAGGCUGAUGUGUACCUAA